UUAACUACAAAAUCAUCAAGUGAAUGUGUUGUACAGCUAUGGCUUGGGACCUGCCACCCCAAAUGUUCACUGCCUGCCAAGACCAAACCAGCAGUGACUUAAGGUAAGGAACAGGACAGAGAAGUAAAUGAGAAAGAAGAAAAACAUGCCUGUAAGCCAAGAAAGAGCCUUUAAAGAUUUCUGAUGUGGAGAAAACAAGGAAGUUCGAUCACGUAUAUUCCAACAAUUUAAUUGAAUGAUGAUAUUUAUUCCAUAGAAAAAACAAACUUCUCAACAAGGAAGGAUCGUGAGUACAGCGAAUGAUUAAGCGAUUCACUUCAUGGACCUACCUGCCAGCUUUGCUGCUUCCUUGAUCCGUAUAUAAAAACCUGUGCUGAGCACCAAUGACCCUACUGCUCUGGUGUCCUGUUUUCUCCACCAUGCACAGCCUCUUGCGCCGGUUCAGUGCUGCCACCCUCUUCCUGGUCCUGUGCCUUCAGCUGGGAAUCAACAAGGCUGAAGAUAGCACAAUUAUUCGAAAAUCACUUAAAUUUUUUUUAGACGUUCCAAAAUCUGCAGCGGCAGGUGAGGAGAUCACUGUGAAACUUGGACUUGAGACAGAAUAUUAUGAAUGUUUGGUGGUCAAAGCUUACCUUGUAAGUCCUAUCCCAAUGGACGGUAGCUUCAGCUAUAACCAAACCCGUUGCCUCUGUAAUGAUUAUGGAAUAACCUUCUACUGGGACUUUACAGUCCACCAAACUGUCAAAUUUGCAAUAGUGGUUGAAAUUAUUAAGGAAAGAAACAUCUGCCCUAAUGAUGUGGCAGUGGUGCCCAUCAGUGGAGACAGGUUUCACACUUAUCGUACCGUGUUUGUGAGCUAA